UUCUCAAGCUUCAGGUAGGAUUAUUGGGCAUGGCGCGUUCACUGCAAAGAGAUCUUGAUCGGAUAGCUGAAACUGCAGACACAUCCACGCCGGAGGGUUUGAGUUACGUAUUGACAGAGACCACAUUAUCUCUACUUCGCCAUCCUGAUCAUUGCAUCUCUGGUUAUUUCUCUGUGGGUGUGAAGCGAAGCAUUGAGGAUGGAGAGAAGAGGUUCAAUCAACUUUCCAUUGAAGAAAGAGGGAAAUUUGACGAAGAGACACUUGUCAAUGUGAACAACAUCAAAAAGAAAAGCAGAACGAGCCAAAGGGCUAGUGGAUUCAGUAAUGAGUAUAUAGUGAUAACAAUACUGGUGGCUGAGGAAGGAGUUCAUAAGCUACCUUUCAUCAAUGGUAGUGCCGACUUGAAGGCGGUUUUGCAAAAGCUGGGUUCCAUUUCCUCCAGCAAAACUCUGGCAGUGGAAGUUUUAUGGACUCCUCAGAAUGAAAAUGACACACUGUAAGAGCGGGAACUUCUUGAAGAUUACCCACUUUUGAGGCCUCUGUAAGGAUCAAUAAUCAGUUUAACCUUGUAUUAGUUUGUGAAAUAGGUAUCAGGUAGAGUGAUUAUGAUCCAAGUGGCAUCACAGGAAAGAACUAUGUUUCUGAUUAUACGGCAAAAUAUAUGUACAUUUUCUUUUUCGCUGAUUAAAAAGAAAUGUUUAUAGUAUUGAGGCAAUUGUGCUCCUCAAAGAUAGACUAUACAUCAGCUUGUUGUACAUUAGUUGUAGAUAGGCAGGGGUGUAAGCAAAUCCUACAAACAAGAUAUUCCGUUCAUUAACUGU